AUGAAAAUAGAUGUUAUAUUUACGUAUUUUGAUGAAAAAAAUUUUACUUACCAAGAUAAAUUUCAAUUGGAAGAGAAACUUUUUAUUAGCAAAGUUGAUAUUAUUGAUAGAAAAGACAUCGAAGAACAUCCUAGUGUUAUUCUUAUUGCUAAAUCUGUUGAGGAUAAAAACAAUUGGAUGAGGGUUUUAAUGAUGUUAAAAUCAAGAAGUAUGUUAGAAAGUUCUUUGUAUAGUAUUUUGGAAGAAGAAAAGAAAUAUCCAUUAAGGCUGCCUCCUGCUCACAUAUAUAAAUUUGUUGAACAAGAUAGCGAGGGGAAUAUUAUUUUAGAGACCAGAGAAAAUGAUGUUCCAUUGAUUAAGGGUGCAACUUUGAUAAAAUUAGUAGAGAGAUUGACUUAUCAUGUAUAUAGUGAUCCAACUUUUAUAAAGGCAUUCCUUACUACUUACAGAAGUUUUUGCUCACCUCAAGCAUUAUUGACAUUAUUGAUAGAAAGAUUUAACAUACCAGAUCCUUCGUUGUUUUAUGGUAAAAAAGAAACAUCUGUAUGUAAAACGACGAAGAGAGAGGAUUGGAAAGGAUACAAAAUAGAGUUCUGUCAUCCGGUGCAGUUUAGAGUUUUUAAUGUUUUAAGACAUUGGAUCGAUUAUCAUUUUCACGAUUUCGAACGUGAUGGAAAACUUUUAGAAACAUUGCAAUCAUUUUUAAAAACGAUAAAUGACACAUCUGUGACACAGAAAUUGGUUAAUUUAUUAUUAGAAAUUGUAGAAAGAAAGCGCGAAUCAUCAAAACCUAUCUCAUUACAUUUUAAGAAUCAUCCUCCAGCGAUUAAAUCGCAUCUUAAAAUUCCAGAAAAUAAUAAACACUACGGAAUACUUACGAUACAUCCUGUUGAAUUUGCAAGACAAUUAACAUUAUUGGAGUUUCAAUUGUACAAUGCAGUAAAGUCUGUUGAGUUAGUAGGAUGUGUUUGGACAAAAGAAGACAAAAACAAAAGUUCACCGAAUUUAAUGAAAAUGAUAAGACACACGACAAAUUUUACAAGAUGGCUGGAGAAAAUAAUAGUGGAGGCUCAAAAUUUUAAAGAGAGAGUAGCCAUUGUAUCACGUGCAAUUGAAAUAAUGUUGGUGCUACAAGAUCUCAAGAAUUUUAAUGGCGUUCUGGCGAUUGUCGGUGCUUUGGAUUCGGUUUCAAUUUUUAGGCUAAAAUUUACGUUUCAACAAUUAUCAGAAGAAUUACGAGAGACUUUGGCAGAAGUGCGACAGAUUAAUAACAAUUACGUUCAGAAAUAUAAAGAAAUGUUACAAUAUGUCAAUCCACCUUGUAUACCAUUCUUAAGUGUAUAUUUGACUAAUAUUCUGCAUAUUGAAGAAAGAGAUCCAGCCUAUUUACCGAACCUUAUCAAUUUUAAUAAAUGGCGAAAAGUGGUAGAAAUAAUUGAUGAAAUGCAGUUGUACCAAAAUCAUCCUUAUUGUCUUUCUGUGGAGUCUAAAAUAAGACAAUAUAUUGAAAAUAUGUGCCCUUUUGAUCCUGAUAUGUCAGAUGAAAAUAUAGACACUUAUCUAUAUAACGAAAGUUUAAAGAUAGAGCCAAGAGGAUGUGAAGCACCUAUACAAUUCCGGCGUAAAUGGCCUGAGAUAAACUUAAAAUCACCGUAUGCUAGAUAUCAUAAUUUGUGUUGUGGAUUGUUAAGAAGACGGACCUCAAAUUAGCGAAAAUUCGCAUUCUCCUCUGGAAGCAUCUCCAGCUUUUAAAUUAUUGGAAACAUCGCCACAAACAUCGCAAUUUGCAAAUAUUUUAUAAACAUUAGCGACUACAGCAUAUCCAGCUUGUUGAGUAUGCAUCAAUGCUUACUUUAAUAAUGAUUACGACUGUAAACCUUUUCUCACGCAUUGUAGAAUGAGAUUGUAUCUUUAGGAUUAUUUAGUCCGUCAUCAUAUGAAAGUUCCAGUAAAAUGCCAACGCCGCCAGUUAACAUACUUCUUACAUAACUUUCAACAUCUCUAUCUUUAGGAAAAAGGAAAAGAGCAAAUUCAUUGGAUGAAUCAUUGCAACAAGUAAUAUUCCAAGAUUAACUUAAAUUUUCUCAUUUAAUAUUGAAUUAAUUUGCAU